ACCCACCGGAACUGGCCCUGCGCGAGUAUGAAACGAGUCGCGGAGCUUACCGUGUCCAGCAUGAAAGUAACGAGAAACAAACUUCGCAACAAACGGAAGUUGAAGCGCAAAAAGAAUGCGAAACGGUUCUGCUGCGCUCCGCCACCGGAACUCCCGAAUGCAAAAGAUGACCGGAGUGUUGAAGAAUCGGGGGCCGCGAUUGAUCCUCCACCGGCAUCCGGUUGCGUGUCGGGGCAAAAACGCAGCUUCCAACGUUGUGCCACUCCGGCAGCACCUUCACACGUGCAACUGAAGAACGCCCAGAACGUGUGGAUCCGGGCAUACCAGAGGAUAGUGAAGUGGCACAGUAAGCACCAGAUGAACUACUGGAAGUUGUGCGCCCAGCAGUUAAGAGCGGAGAAUGCCCGCCUCAGGCGCCAGGCGGCCACCCGCCGUUACGAGGGAGCGGACGCAACGAGCGGUUCGGAGGAAGAGUAUCCCGACAAGGACGAUCCGUACGGCGAUACGGAAGACGAAAGUGCAGAUGAUUGGAACGCCAUCGAAGCAAAUGGACGGACGACGGACGGACGAUCGAUAGACGAACCCGAAUGGGACGAAGAGUUUCUCGCCUUCAUGGAGGUGUCGGCCCGGCACCGGCUCGAGCAUAGUCGACUGAAAAACGAAAGUGUUCACUAA